GGACGCGACCUGUUGUAGUUUUGCAAAUCGGUGACCUUUUGCAAACCAUGACAUUCACCAGCUUCAAGGCACUGUAGUUCGCCGCUGAAACUGUUAUCCUCUGAGUUUGGGCCCAGUAGUUCUCCCCGAUUUCCUGUAGAGGAGAGGAGAGGACGGUAUUAGAAUCGAAUUGGAGUUGAUCUAAAGGUCCUCUAAAUGGCAAUCUAGGGUUUCAUUUUUAUCUCCCAAAUCAAUCUGACAUGUCGAAAAGAAAGUUCGGGUUUGAAGGCUUCGGCAUCAAUCGCCAAACCACAUACAACUUUGAACGAUCACAAGCUCCGCAGAGGCUCUACGUACCACCUUCCUCGCGCUCCGGUAGUCACGACAAUUACGAAGACACCGACUUAGACAACAUCGACUACGACGACCGUGAGCAUUCGGACGAUGCCGAUAAUAAUAACCACAACGGUGGCGGUGACAAUGAUGAGAUUGACCCUCUCGACGCGUUUAUGGAGGGGAUCCAGGAGGAGAUGAGGGCCGCGCCGCCUCCCAAGGCGACGGAGAAGUAUAGGGACGAUGAAGAGGAUGAUCCGAUGGAGAGUUUUUUAAGAGCGAAGAAGGAUGUAGGGUUGACGUUGGCUUCGGAUGCUCUUCAUGCUGGUUAUGAUUCCGAUGAGGAGGUCUAUGCUGCGGCCAAGGCGGUGGAUGCGGGAUUGCUUGAGUAUGAUUCGGAUGAUAAUCCGAUUGUUAUUGAUAAGAAGAAGAUUGAACCCAUUCCGGCUUUGGAUCAUAGUUCCAUUGACUACGAGCCGUUUAAUAAGGAUUUCUAUGAGGAGCAACCUUCAAUAUCAGGUAUGAGUGAGCAUGAUGUUUCUGAGUACAGGAAGAGCUUGGCAAUUCGUGUAUCAGGUUUUGAUGUUCCUAGGCCAAUUAAAACAUUUGAAGACUCUGCAUUUUCUGUGGAGCUAAUGAAAGCUAUUGCUAAGCAAGCAUAUGAAAAGCCCACGCCGAUACAGUGCCAGGCUUUACCAAUUGUGCUUUCUGGGAGGGAUAUCAUUGGUAUAGCAAAAACUGGUUCAGGGAAAACUGCUGCCUUUGUGCUUCCUAUGAUUGCUCAUACUAUGGAUCAGCCAGAACUUGGAAAGGAAGAGGGUCCUAUUGGGGUUAUAUGUGCACCUACUAGAGAACUAGUGCAUCAAAUAUAUUUGGAGGCCAAAAAAUUUGCAAAAUCACAGGGAAUACGUGUCUCUGCAGUUUAUGGGGGAAUGUCUAAGCUUGAUCAGUUCAAAGAAUUGAAGGCAGGAUGUGAGAUUGUUGUUGCUACUCCUGGAAGGUUGAUAGACAUGCUAAAAAUGAAGGCACUAACGAUGUUGAGAGCAACUUAUUUGGUACUUGAUGAGGCUGAUAGGAUGUUUGACCUUGGAUUUGAGCCACAAAUAAGGUCCAUUGUUGGUCAGAUUCGGCCAGAUCGCCAAACGUUGCUCUUUUCAGCGACAAUGCCCCGCAAAGUUGAAAAGCUUGCUAGGGAAAUUCUCACUGAUCCUGUAAGAGUUACCGUGGGUGAGGUUGGAAUGGCCAAUGAGGAUAUUACUCAAGUUGUUCAAGUAAUUCCUUCAGAUGCUGAGAAGUUGGCUUGGCUUCUUGAGAAGCUACCUGCGCUGAUUGAUGGUGGUGAUGUUCUAGUUUUUGCUUCGAAAAAGGCCACAGUCGAUGAGAUUGAGUCACAGUUAGCUCAGAGGGGGUUUAAAGUUGCAGCUCUUCAUGGAGACAAAGACCAAACUUCUCGCAUGGAAACAUUGCAAAAAUUCAAAUCUGGGAUGUAUCAUGUUCUCAUUGCAACUGAUGUUGCUGCUCGUGGUCUUGAUAUCAAGUCCAUUAAGUCAGUGGUCAACUUUGAUAUAGCCAGAGACAUGGACAUGCAUGUCCAUCGAAUUGGUAGAACAGGCCGUGCCGGUGACAAAGACGGAACUGCAUAUACUCUGAUCACACAGAAAGAGGCACGGUUUGCUGGUGAAUUGGUUAACAGUUUAAUAGCUGCUGGUCAGAAUGUGUCUGUGGAACUGAUGGAUCUUGCUAUGAAGGAUGGGAGGUUCAGAUCCAAACGUGAUUCAAGAAAGGGAGGUAUGACUUCUUAUGUUGCCGUUACAUGCCCAUGAGUUCUAUCCACUUGAUUAAAUAACUUAGUGUCGGAUGCCAGAGAAUGAACUGCAUGUUCAAAAUUGGAAAAUGGUAUGGCGUGAUUUAAUUUUCAAGAACAAAGGAAAACGGUGGAAUUAAAAAUCAUUGAAAUGAGCUGUUCUGACAUUGGUCUUAAAAAACCUGACCAUACUUUAUGAGCUGUUUAAUGCUUGUGCAGGCGGAAAAAGGGCCAAGGGAAGGGGAGGCAGCAAUCGAGGUGUGCGUGGGGUGGACUUUGGUUUGGGUAUUGGAUAUAAUCCAGAAUCGAGUAUGACUUCAUCUAAUGGUGUUCCAAGUCGUACUGCAGCUGUUAAUUCACUGAGGACAGGAAUGAUGGUGCAGUUCAAAAGCAAAUUUGUUGCUGCUUCCUCUAAUGCUCAGAAUCAAGGCAUGAAUAACAAUUCAGGCACCAACAAAAGGAUGGCGUUACCUGGUUUUGUAUCUGGAGGUACAAUAGGUGGAAAUGCAAAUAUUGCUCAGUCACCCUGUUCAUUCAGUUCUGCUCCUGUAUCAGGUGGAAGCACUGCUAGUAAGAACACAGACAAUGCUAAUCGAAAGGACUCAGAAAGUUCUAGAGAAAGACCUAGAGAAAGGCGGAGGCCCUCUGGUUGGGACCGUUGAUUUAGAUUGUGAAUGUCUGCCAGCUUGUACAUGAACAUAAACUUUUAUCUCCUAGGUCAACUUUUAUUCGAGCUUGUUUGUAUCUCUAUACAUGCCUAGUAAGUUCCCUUCUGUUUUUAUGCGGGUUUUAUUAUCUCCUAAGUCAGGAUAUAAUUUAGUUUUUAGACAUAGAAGUUCCAUCAUAAUUAUUUGGAACAUAUUAUUACUUAAUCGACCAUGUAUUUUUUUUCUCUUCAAACUCUCUCUUUUUUACCAAGUCCACCAUCAGGUUAAAGUAAAUUGUAGAGAUUGCUGAAAGAUUUGGUAGCAUCUUGUAUGUUGCAUAGAGAAUCCUUGGUACGUGAUAUUGUGACUUUUAAGUUGAUUGAU